ACAAAAUCCAACAUCUGGCAAAGUGAUAGCCUUUGCCAUGGGUGAGACUGCAAAGUCUCAAAGCAAGGAAGUGAAAAAGAAGGAAGUAAAGAAAAAAGAGGCAGCACCAGCAAAGACACCUGCGAAGGCAGAGAAGCCAGCUGCCAAGGUUGAUAAAAAGGAUGAGAAGCCCGAGAAGAAGGCAACCGAGAAGAAGGUGGUGAAGCCAAAGGUGGAUGAGAAGGAGAAGGAGAAGCCAGUGGUGAAGAAGGACACCAAGGCAAAGGCUCCCGAAGCGAAGACGGAGACCAAGGGCGACAAGGCCAAGGCGACCAAAGCCAAGCCAAGCGAAGAGGCUAGCAAGAAGCGAAAGAAGGAAGAGAAGGUCGUGAAAGCCAAAGAGCCAGAGCCCGUGGACGACCUGGAUGAUGAUGACCCUCGGACCAUGCAGGAGGGCGUGGUGGAGGUGGAAGAGGCUCCACGAAGUAAGCCCAAGGGCGCUUGUGCAGCGGAGGCUUUGGAUGAAGACGAAGCUCCGAAGAAUGGCCGAGCCACGAAGAGCUCCAAGAAGCUUGGCCAAGCUGAUCGGAGCCGAAGUCGAGACAAGGGUAAGGAGGAAGAGAGGGUGGAGAAAGCUGAGAAAGCCAAGGCAAAGGAUGGAAAGGAGAAGGAGAAAGGCAAGAGCAAAGCAAAAGUCAAGGAGAAGGAAAGGCAACAGGAGAGCUACAGUGAUGAGGAAUCCAGUGAAGGCUCGGCCAGAAGGAGGCAAAAGCGGCGCGCUGAUGCUGGGCUGAAGGCAGCCUCAGGUUUCAGCCUCGCUCCGCCCCCCGCGGCUGAGCCGUCGGUGAUGGGCCCGGCUGGGCCGCCGAACGCCUUGGGCGUGCUCCCCAGCGUCCCGGCGCCGGUGCAGAGCCUCUUGGGCACCGAUGUGACCUCCGAGUUGGUUCGCAUGCGCCAGGCGGUGGAGGCCGCGACUGGAAAGCCUGUUGAGCCCAGGUUAAGGCUUGACCAGAGAGAGGAGGAACAAGAAACUAAGCUGAAGAUGACGGAUGAGCUUAGAGAUGGUUUGCUCGACCCGGCCAACCAGAAGCAGCUGCUUGCAAGAACUAGUUUGCUGUCUGCCACCUUAGCAGAGGAUGGCCAGGUAGUGCUUCGAGCUCCUUCAAAGCAAGCUCUCAAGGAUGCCAUGUCGAUCUUGGCUCGAGUUGCGCAUCAUUGUCAGUGGGGCUGCAAUCCGACCAAAGUAGGAUUGCUCCUGCGUGAAAAGCCCGACAAGCCGGUUCACACGGUGGUGGUGCGACUUGCUGCCACGUCCAGCCGCAUGUCCACGCAGGAGGGCCGAGUGAAUCAAAGGCUGGAGAAACUGCGAGUGGGCACGGACUCGGCUCAGUGCCAGAUCACUGUCGAGCCGAUCGCUGGAAUCUCCCGGAAGCAUUUCACCAUCACCUUCGAGCACGACAAGGGCGGCUGUUAUGUUCAGGACAUGUCGACCAACGGCACACGCCUGAACGGCAAGAGGUUGCCGAGACCGCCCUAUAAGCACCCAAUGGAUGCCCGCGUCCGCAUCUUCCACGGAGAUGAGUUGGUGUUGGCCAUCACCCCCGAUGGAGAAGAGCUGGGCUUCGUGGUCAAUCUUCUGGAGCUGAGUGGCUGAUCGAUGCCUAGAGAGGCUGCGUUGCCAGCUGAAAGGAGCUGUAGAGGUGUCUUUUUUUCACUGCCAUAAAUAGUCGUGGUCGUGGUGAAGCAGUGCUCCACAUGGUGAGUGCGGUAUUGUCGU